CAUAUGGAACCUAGUGCCCUCGUGGCUCUCUAUUGCGUCUCCAAGCUACUCGCCCGUCGCGCCGACGACAUUGACGGCCCUCCUCCAGAAUGGCCCCCGCCAGUGAUCCAAUGGUAGCCGGAGCCGAGCUGCAGCCUCCGUCUCCGUCUCCGGUCCCGCCAUCGGGGUCGACUUCGGCCCUGGCUACGGGCUAUGAGUCUCCGUCUGAAGAGAACCCACCCUUCUUCUCGGUUGUGGCCUCGGCUCCAGCUGCUCCAGGGACGGCGCAUUCAAGACAUCAUGUCAUGCCGCGGCCGGCCCUAUCUCAACGGCCAUCAUAUAUCACUGCUAUAGCUCCUGAGCAUACUAAUGGUCAUGCCCGUCCAGGUCGAUUGCUCAACAAUGAGUCUACUCUCACAUCAAACAGCUUGAACCAUGUCAUCGCAACAGCCGAGAAGGGCCCCGGAAACCAAAAGGUUAGCAUUCGAGAUCGCAUCGCCUGCUAUCAAUGGACAUAUUUCACUAUGACCAUGUCGACUGGAGGCGUUGCAAAUAUUAUUUACUCAUUGAAGUGGGAAGCACCUUGGCUGCGUGGCAUUGGCCUCUUCUUCUUUUUUCUCAACAUUGUCCUUUUUGCAAUGAAUUGUAUUCUUAUAUGUACAAGAUUCCAUCUGAGGCCUGGGAGUUUCGUAAACUCCUUUACGGACCAAGUUGAAUCGCUCUUCAUAUCAGCUUCAUUGGUCUCUAUUGCUGUAAUAUUAAUCAACACCUGCCAAUAUGGUAUUCCGUACACCGGCGUGUGGCUAGUCCACACUAUGGAGUGUGUCUUCUGGGUUUACGCUGCCCUGAGCGUCUCUCUCAGCGCAUUUCUAUAUCUUAUAUUAUGGUCCACUCUAAUCUUCCCCGUCCAUACCAUGACGCCAACCUGGGUCUUCCCAGCGUACCCUCUGUUACUCAAUGCCCCCUUUGCAGCAAACCUCAUCGCGGCUGCAGAUUCAGCUGGUCACAAACUAUCAACCAACACUGUUGCAAUGGCACUCGGGGCCACUGCUAUUCAAGGAACCGGUUGUCUGAUCGCUUUCAUGAUUUCGUCGGCCUUCAUAUACCGCCUCAUGACGCAGAAGCUUCCGCGGGAUAUGCAGAGACCCGGUAUCUUCAUGUCUAUCGGUCCCUAUGGCUUUACCGCUGCUGGCAUAGCUCAACUCGGCAGCCAAGCAGACUUGGUAAUACCUCCAAACUUUCUUGACAACCCUCAGUUUGCUGCUAUCAUUAAAGUCAUCAGCAUUCUCGUCAGCCUCUGGCUCUGGGGCCUUGCCAUGUGGUUCUUCAUUGUUUGUGUCGGCGCAUUAUGGAAAUACUCUCUUUCAGGCCAUCAUUUGCCGUUCCAAAUGACGUGGUGGUCUUUCGUUUUCCCCAAUACGGCUCUUGUUACUGCUACCAGUGUCAUGGGUAAAAUAUUUGAUAGCGAUGGCCUGCAUAUAUUUGCCUCUGUCAUGACCGCGGCAAUCAUCAUCGUCUGGGCUCUCAUCUUUAUCCGAAUGUGUUGGAGUCUGAAAUCGAGAAAACUUCUGUGGCCCAAGGAUGGAAAAUAGAGCGUAUCAGAUUGAUUGCAGCAUGGCACUGUUUUUAUGCCAUUUCCUUUCGUCUCAUCAUAACAGUCUUAUUGAUCAAGAUUUCAGCAGGUCUAGCAUAUCCGAGGUAUCCAGGUCAGCAUAAACCGGCGUCAGGUAUCUUUAGCAUAAGGGCAGUCGUCUCAACUAUUUAUUUAACUUUCGGAUCUCGCUACUGCAAUUCGUCUUAAAGGAAACUCCUUGAUACAAACAUCCAGUGGCAUGACCAAGUCAACGC